AUGUCGCACACGGUCGAACAUUUUAUCCAAAAGACCGGCCGGAGUGACGUCCGUCGUUAUGCUACAAUUUGUGUGGAAUUUUUUACGUACUGCGAUUUAGUCGUAACUCUGUUCUUCGCCAUCUCUGCGUGCCUGUCGAUCGUCUACUCGGAGGAAGACCACCUGUCCAAUCGCGUUUACGGCUUCUUGUGGUUGUUCGUCGAGAUCCACGUGUUUGCUCUAAUCGUCGCCAGGUUGUACCAUCAGUCGCAGUGUCGCGACAUGUACGACCGUUCGCAGCUGAUAGAGCAGAGGAUACCGGAAAACUAUAGACGGACAAUCUCGAUGGUGAUCGUGUACUACUGCAUCAUGUCCACCGUGCACGUCACAAGUCCCCUGUUGUACAUGAUUUUCUCCGAUUCGGCUCAGGUGGGCGACCCGUUCGGUUUCCCUUUCGCGGACGUGUUGCCGAUAAAAACGACGAACCCGACUGUUUACGUGUGCAAAUAUAUCGUAUACACUUUUCCCGUUUACUUGACACACUUGGAAUGCUGUUUCAUGAACGUGACGUUCAUGUAUUUCACGGGCGUCGUGAAGAGACAUUUUCAGGUACUCGACCGACAGGUCCUAGAAGCUGUGGCAAACGAGGACGAACAGAAAUUUAAGAUGGCCAUCAAACACCAUCAGGAGUCGUUGAAGUUUUUUAAAGAAAUGGAGACAGUUUAUGAAAAACCGAUAUUAAUGACAAUAGAAUUUUGUGGAUUAUAUAUCGGCUUAACUAGUUAUAUCAUGAUUCAAUGCAUACAGGGUGUUAUUCAUCCAAUAAUAUUGGCAUUGUGUAUAGCUAGUAGCACGGCGAGUCUCAUAACAAUAUCAAUUUAUUGCGUUUGUGGAAGUAAUCUGUAUGAUUUACACGAUGGUAUAUUGAACUCACUUUUUGAACAGCAAUCAUGUUAUUCUCGAAACAAAUCAUUAAAACAUCUUAUUUUGAUGAUGAUGAAAAGAGCAACAAUACCAUUAGAAUUAAAAGCUGGUUCCAUUUUCAAGAUAAACUUAAAUCUACUUGUCAAAAUCCUAAAAUUUACAUAUACGGUGUUUAAUCUUUUAUUAACUUCAGUCAAUCGCCAAAUAAAAGAAACUGCAAUAUGA